AUAAACGUUUCUUGCUUCCGUUCCAGGUCUAUAGCUAUAACAUAAUAUAAUAUAAGACGAUCUGCACAUGUCAGUUUGCUGAUGUUUACCGAAAUGAAUUCUACGACAGAAUAUAAUUUGACGAUGGGUACCAGUGUAAGCAACUUCAUGCACUUAAAACCUGAUCCGAGGACCAAAGAUUGGUUCUUGGUGGACAACCCAACGUACCCGGUUGCGAUUGUACUGCUGUAUCUUGUCUUCUGUUUCAGCACCGAGAGUAUAAUGAAAGACCGCCCUGCAGUCAAUCUUCGAUGGCUAUUUGUGACAUAUUACGCAGUCUGCGUUCUGCUUUCAAUCUACAUAUCCAUUGAGAUUUUAAUUCAUGGAUUUCCCACUCUGUAUAACGCGUUUUGUCCUGCCAUCACUCCAGCUUAUCAGAACAGCCCAUCGGGUAUGAGGGUUUGCUCAGCAGUGUGGGUCUUUUACAUGACGAAGUACUUGAAGUUAUUUGACACAGUACCACUUAUGCUGCAGCGUAAGUUCGACCGAAUCAACUCCUACCAUAUCUACCACCACUGUAGCAUGACGCUUAUGAUAUGGUUCCACGUCAAAUAUUACGUAGACGGCCCUGAUGUUCUCGGAAUUUUGCUAAAUUCACUCUUUCACAUCUUGGUGUAUGGCUACUACGGGAUGAACGCAUUCGGGCCAAGCAUGCGCAAAUAUCUGUGGUGGAAAAAGUACAUUAUCAAAAUGCACAUGGUGGAAUUCUGGACCAUUAUUUUAACCGACAUGUAUUAUGCCAUUAUUAACUGCAACAACAAAGGCUGGGUGCACUUGGGAGUUGUCAUCGAUGUGUGCCUAUUGACAGUCAUGAUUCUUGCGGUCGGUCACCCAAGUUCAACUGCGGACCCGAAGGAAAAGCACGACUAGGACAGCAGUAGGCAAGAACCUUGAAGGGACUCAGCUCUAAGUCAAUUUAAAUUACGUCCUGAUUCUGCAAUGACGUAGGCGCAACCAAGUUGGCCCACAUGAUACCUAUCCGGAAAUAGAGAAUGAGUAUCACACCAAGCAAGCUAACAUUGUGAAUGUGGGUGAAGCCUCGAGUAGUUGUAAUGCACGUGCCGCGUGUUUAAUUCACCGAGUCGUCGAAUAUUUUUCAGUUCAAUCAUCGUUUUAUAUUUUCAUUUUUGUUCGUACUGUGACAUCAUCGUUUUGUUUGUACUUUUAACUUACACAUGUAUGCGUUAUUCUGCCCAAACAAUCGUUUUAUUUAACAAACUUCAACGCUGUUUCUAAGCCACAUGCUUUUAAGAACUCAUGCUGCCUGAUAUUAAAGAUGUAUAUACGGCUUGCUGUGUGCGAACUGCCAGUAUUGCCCAUAAAUAAAACAGUGGGCCAUCUAAUAGUUUUAA